UGCUGAAAGCAUUGAGCUGAAAGGACAGGGAGAGGGACCGAUUAAGUCUAGGGCAUAAAUUUUCUUGUUUUGUUCACAGUUUAGUAUUAUUGGGGCAGAACGAUGACCGAUAAGAUGGAUAUGUCUCUAGACGACAUUAUCAAACAGAACAGGCAGCAGAGAGGCGGAGGCCGCGGAGGAAGAGGCCGAGGCCGCGGAGGCCCAGGCGCCCGUGGUAGUGGAGGCGCCGGGCGUCUUGGAGGCGGCAGCGGAGGAUUUGGAGGCCGAGGCGGCGGAUCCGGCCCCAUGAGGAAUCGACAGAACAUGAGCCGCGCUAGAAGCAGACCGACACCUUACAGCAGGCCUAAACAGAUCCCAGAUAAGUGGCAGCAUGACAUGUUUGACAACGGCUUCAGCGGCUUCAAUGGUGCUGCUGGGGGCGGCGGCGGAGGAGGGGCUGGUGUGGAAACCGGAGGGAAGCUCCUCGUCUCCAAUCUGGACUUCGGUGUGUCCGAYGCAGACAUUCAGGAACUUUUUGCUGAAUUUGGAACUCUGAAGAAAGCUGCCGUUCAUUACGACCGAUCAGGAAGAAGUUUGGGGACAGCAGAUGUGCAUUUUGAACGGAAGGCAGAUGCUCUUAAGGCCAUGAAACAAUACAACGGCAUCCCACUGGAUGGGCGGCCCAUGAAUAUACAGCUCGUCACGUCACAAAUUGACACACAGAGGCGACCCAUGCUGAACAGGGGUAGAGGUUCGGUCAGUAAUCGUGGUUUUAGAGGCAUGCGAGGUUCGAGAGGAAGUGGUCCAUUUCGGGGAAGGGGACGAGGCGGUCGCGGCGGCAACACUGGCGGUGGUGCAAAACAGCUGUCAGCAGAAGAACUUGAUGCCCAGUUAGACGCCUACAAUGCCAGAAUGGACACCAGCUAAAAAUAAAGUUCUUACUAGUUGUCAUCCCUUCUUGUCUGCGCAGAAGUGUGUGGUUGUUACAGAUGUGCAGAAUAUUUUACAUUUGUCUGUCUUCUGAUGUGAUUUGACGUUCAAUCCUCUUCUUUUAAAUACUCCAAAGUGUUUUUUACCAGUAUUUUUUUUUUUUUCAAAAUGGUUUUGCCUGUAGGUUGUUUCCCAGUUGCCCUGUAGUUAAUGAUACUUGUAAUAAAACCUGCAGUACUCAUUAACCAAAACUCCUGUAUUGUUUUAACAUUUGUUGCAAUAUGUUUACCUGGUUGUUGAUGAUGACUUGAGAAUGGUUUUUAACUUCAUCUCAAGUAUGUCUAUAAAAAAUGAAAUGCAUAAAUGUAUGCAUAUAUGUAAAGACAUGAAUAAAUAUGAACAUAAACACACA